UCCAGAAGACCCAGUGUCCGAUCUCCUCUGAGACCCACUCCUAUGCAGGAGGAAGUCUACCAUACCGUGGACGAAGUCCAUUCCUCUGAGUCUAGCGGGGAGGAAGAAGAGGCUGGAAGAGCUCCUGCGACUGUCAAGGCCUACGCCAGGGUAAAGCGCAUUUUUCUUCUAUGGUGUGCAUCUCAUCAAGUACCAUCUCAGGAUCCUCCAGUAUCAGCUAUUCUUCAGUUCAUGCAGGAUGGACUAGAUAAGGGCCUCAGCCCUUCUACACUCAAGGUACAGAUCUCUGCUCUGUCAGCCGCCUUUGGCAGAUCUUUACAUCAAGACCCUCUGAUUAAGAGGUUCCUUAAAGGAGCCGUACGUCUUAAGCCUAGCAUUUCAAGACCUAUACCGCAGUGGGAUCUCUCAGUGGUGCUUAAAGGGUUGAGUGGUCCUCCCUUUGAACCCUUGGAAGAAGUGGACUUUAAGUUUUUAUCCUGGAAGGUAACCUUUUUGUUGGCCGUAACUUCGGCCAAACGCAUUUCAGAGCUUCAGGCUUUUUCGGCAUAUGAGCCAUACACUUUAUUUUUACCGGACAGAGUCCUUUUACGUUUUUUACCCACCUUUUUGCCUAAGGUGCCCUCUGUGCACAACAUUAAUCAAGUUGUGUCUUUGCCUGUGUUAUGUUCCUCUUCUUCCUCUGCAGAAGAAACUUCCCUCCAUACUCUGGAUGUGGCCAGAUGUUUGAGAAUCUACAUUGAGAGAUCCCGGGAGUUCAGAAGGUCAGAGAAUCUUCUUAUCCUGUUCUUUGGCAGGAAUAAAGGGAAGAAGGCCUCUAAGCCUACUCUAAGUAGAUGGAUCAGAGAGGCCAUCAGAGAAUCUUUCGCUUCCCAGAAUAGACCUCCUCCUGCCUUUGUCACUGCUCACUCCACCCGAGCAGUCUCUACUAGUUGGGCCGAAAGGUCUCUUAUUCCUCUGGAACAGAUCUGUUCCGCGGCCUCCUGGAGCUCACAUUCUACCUUUGUGAGCCAUUAUAGACUCAACCUCAGGGGAUCAGAAGACACUGCCUUUGGGCGGUCUGUUUUGAAUUCCAUUCAGCAUUGAAGUCCCUACCCUUUAGGCUAACUUCUUGCUAAGUCCCCACAUGUGCUGCUGGUUAGGACGUAAGGGAAGCGUUAAUUUCUUAACGUUAAUUUGUUUUCCCUUAGUCCUAACAGCAGCACACAAAUAUCCCUCCCUUUGUUU